CUGGCGCGAAUGUUAGUGGUCACCACCCUGGCCUGGGCGCUGCCCGAUGGCUCCAAGAUCCACUCCACCAAGCUGACGAGUUCCGCAGAGCUCUCCCCCGCCGCGACGCUGGCUUCUGCAAAGGCGAUCGACAACUACACCAUAACCGUCCGCCGCGAGCUGCAUCGCAUUCCGGAGCUGCUGUACGACCUGCAGCGCACCUCGGCGUACGUGCGCGAGAAGCUUGACGAGCUGGGCAUCGCGUACCAGUACCCCGUGGCAAAGGAGGGCAUCGUCGCCACAAUCGGUUCAGGCAAGGAGCCGUGCGUGGGCCUGCGCGCAGACAUGGACGCGCUCCCCAUCCACGAAGAGGUCGAGUGUCCGUUCCGCAGCCGCACCGACGGUAAGAUGCACGCCUGCGGACACGACGCCCACACGGCGAUGCUGCUCGGCGCCGCAAGGCUGCUGCAGGAGCGGUUCGCCGCCGGCCAGCUGCAUGGCACCGUCAAGCUCCUCUUUCAGCCCGCCGAGGAGGGCGGCGCCGGAGGGCUCGCCAUGCGCCUCGCCGGCGUCCUCGAGGACGCGCCGCGAAUCGGCCGCCUCUUCGCGCUGCAUGUCUGGCCGGGCUUGCCUUCGGGCGUGGUCGCGUCGCGCGCGGGCACGAUCAUGGCGGCGGCAGGCUUCUACCACGCCGAGUUUGUCGGGCACGCGCGGCACGCGGCGGAGGACUGCCUCACCGCCGCGGUGACGCCGCCUGGCGCGCCGGGCCCCUGCACCUUCCCGCCGACCGUCAACGCCGAGGCGGGCGGACAGCCGGGGCAGCGGGCUUACCAGAGGGCUGACGCCUCACUGAGGAUUCGGUAUCACAGGCGUGCGGGACUCCACCGCGGCGGGCUGCCAGCGGGGCACACGACCGUGCGGCGGGCGGCGGAGGCGCUGGUGGGGGCCGAGUCGUUCGUCGAGGUGGAGCCGACGAUGGGGGGGGAGGACUUUGCGUACCUCCUCGCCCACCGGCCCGGCGCGAUGGCCUUUCUUGGCAUCGGCAACCGCUCGCUCGGUACCGACGUGAACCUGCACAACGGCCGCUUCCAGAUGGACGAGGGGCAGCUGCACCUCGGCGCGGCGCUGCACGUCGAGCUCGCGACGCAUGCCCUCGCCGAGCUGACCGCCGGUGACGCCGCUGGCUGCGCCGAGGGCGAGGCGGGGCCGACUUGCGCCGAGGGGACAUACCUCGAGGCGGAGGAUUGAAAUUUGCAUGAGAGGUCUUGGGGUCGGAGAGCGAAAAGCGGGGGGUAGAGAGAGACGUGCACAGUGUCCUACACCGCUACAGUCUAAAGCCGUAGAGCAGUGUUUACGGUUCAAUACCGUCUC